CUCAUUCUUCUGAAAACUAAACCCUUCCCUACCCAUCCUGCUGACAUGUUGCUGUCGUCGUUGCCGCGGCCACUGUGCCGCAGGGCCCCUUCAAUGGCCCGCCGGGCCUUCAGCACAUCUCCCGCCGCCUAUACUGCCGAGGUUAAAUCGUUGGGCGUGAUCGGAGCCGGGCAAAUGGGAUUGGGCAUUGCCCUGGUGGCUGCCCAGAAGGCCCGAGUCCCGGUAACUCUGGUCGACAACUCGCAAGCCUCCAUAGACAAGGGCCUCAAGUUUGCUGACAAACUCCUCGAGAAAGACGUGUCCAAGGAACGUCUCACACGCGAUGCAGCCGACGCAGUCCGUGCCCUCAUCACCCCCAGUCUGAAGAUGGACGCCCUGUCGUCCGUCGACUUCGUCAUCGAAGCUGUCCCGGAGAUCCCAGAGCUUAAAUCCUCCAUCUUCUCCCAACUCGCCCAGAUCGCCCCCAAGCAUGCCAUCCUCGCGACCAACACGUCAUCCAUCUCCAUCACCAAGAUCGCCGCCGCCACCUCCUCCGAUCCAACCGACCUCCAGGCUCCCUCCCGCGUCAUUUCCACCCACUUCAUGAACCCCGUCCCCAUCCAGAAGGGUGUGGAGAUCAUCGCCGGUCUGCAGACCUCUCAGCAGACGAUCGACACCGCCAUUUCCUUCGUCCAGCGCAUGGGCAAGGUCGCUUCCGUCUCCGCGGACUCGCCGGGCUUCCUCGCCAAUCGCAUUCUCAUGCCCUACAUCAACGAGGCCAUCAUCUGUCUCGAGACUGGCGUUGGUCGCCGCGACGACAUUGAUAACAUCAUGAAAACCGGAACUAAUGUCCCCAUGGGUCCGCUGACUCUGGCUGAUUUCAUCGGGCUCGACACCUGUCUGGCUAUCAUGAAUGUCUUGCACCAAGAAACUGGUGAUAGUAAGUACAGGCCGUCAGGGCUGUUGAAGCGGAUGGUCGAUGCCGGCUGGCUAGGUAAGAAGUCUAGUAAGGGCUUCUACGACUACUGACCGAUCUUCUCUGUAUUAUGUAUGAAGUGCUAUGUUGAGAUAUCCAUUCGACUGUGGUUGCCGAUGUCUUACAUUAUCUGGUCAUCCACCACGUA